CGCGCGCGUGGUUGGCUUGACUUGACUUGGAUCGGCUGGUUUGGAGUCUUCAGCACUGGCUUGCAAAGAGUGUUGCUCUCCGUGGGUUCGGAACUCGUGAACCCACCGGUUGUGUAGUGUGUGAUCAUCAUUGUACGCGCGCGCACCCGUAUGCCACCAUGUUGUGGUACAAGUUGGUUGUUUCGUAAUUUGCAAUCUUUGUUUUUGUCUCGUUAAAGUUGCUCAUCUUCGCGCGAAGUUUUAAGCAGAGCGGGUGGCUUUUCGUGGUUUCGUUAGCCGUUUAUUCGGUGGAUGAUUAAUUGUACAAGUGCAAAACACUCACCGGUCGUGAGCCGUUAAUUGCGGUGCAUAUUUGGGGUAUAGAGCAGUAAUUGGCCGGUUCUGUGUUUUAUUAUGUCAAUAUUAAUGGCUGCAACGCUCCUUUCUUCGUCGGCAGUGGGAAUUCCCAUGAUUUGAUUUUGGUGAGCAAAAAUAUCGACGAUGACGGUGACGAAAACUUUCAACACUAUCACAUCACCAAAGUGGACCACUCGGAUUGACCUUCUAUGAUAGUAGCAGCCGGCCAUUUUCGGUCAACAAUAAUAGCCUAUUGAAUUCGGAUUGUUUCGACAGAUACGGUGGAACAGUAGGUGGUAUGGAAAAAAGAAACGGUGACGUAAAAGUAAUUAUGGAAAACUUACCGAUAUUAUAAUAAUUAAAAUACGCAACUUCAAGCUUCUUGUGAUCAACAAACUGUCGGACCACAAACAGCUUGAUACAUUACGCUCUACUCAAUACCUACAACCAGCAUUUGUGACCUUCGAUUCGUGACGCAAUGUCCGAGUCUUCGAUGAGCUUUCAUCGAAGAAAACUGAUACAACUCAUUCAACCCCUGUCCAGCGAAGUUCUUCGGAACCACAAGCCCAAUUAACGAUGUCAGGGUGGAGCGAUAAACGAACCUCAACGCAGAACUCGGACGAAAUUGGGAGAAGUGCCCUGUCCGAGAUCGAUCUCAAGUCACCGGAUCUGUCGGCCAGUGAUAACAAUUCAUCUUCAAAUUCCAGCAAGUUUCCGCUGCGCCGCAUCGGGGACUUGUUCCGGAGCAAGCUACGGAGCUCGGGUAGCUACUCGAUCCGAGCGAUCAACGAAAGUGUACCGCAGGAAUGCAAGAUUGCGGAUAGUACCGUACAGGAUGUAGAGCAGGUGUCUAGUCCGGUGAAGAAACCGGAACGACCGGUACAGGAUGUGACGGCGACGGUGGCGGCGGUAGUUGUGAAUGAAAAACCUACCCGAAGCGGGAGCACCGUAGUUGGUGCCACCAGCAGCGGCGGGACGGCUUUGCGUGCGCGGAGAAUGUCUACCCUGAACCGGACGAUUCAGCGACAGAAAAGUUUAAUCGCCAGCAUCAACAGUGAGAAGGGGCAAACCGCGCAAACGGUGAAUGGUAACGCCGCGUCGUCCAGCAAUGGCCACAAGCGUCAGUCCGUCAGCAGCCAGGACACUGCCGGUGACAUCGAAUCAGACGUGGUUGUGGGUGAAUCCGGUGGCCGUGAGCGUAUAAAUUCGACGUCCCACUAUUCGACUGAGAAGAGCGGUUCCUCGGGCUACUACAGUACAAAUAUUUACUUUGCCGGAGGUUCGGUGGUGGACGAUCACAUCUACUACGAACCGGUUGUGGACCGUGCUCGGAAGCCUCCGGCGGAAACUGGAAACAAACCCACCGGAGCAACCAUCGGUAAGAAGGAAGGCAUUUUGAAGAAUAGUAACAAGUCUCAGGACGCCAACAAGGCGGCGCAAAAGAAUGGUAGAACACUAGAAAAGUACUACUAUCCGGCAACCCUGGAGAACGUAGCAAAUGACGUGUCAGUUAUGCGCGCAAAACCAACGAGCAAUGAGAAACUUACCGAUAUCACAGAGGGUCCGGAUGGGCCAAUACCUCGGCCUAUCUGGCCGCUCGAUGUCGACGAUUCGCUGGCUGAUAUUAAUCUGGAGGCGUUCAAAAUGCGAAACAACAGCCAACAGAACUUGAUCGGGUUCGAAAGUCCGGCAUCGUCCAACUCUGACAAUGAAAUCUAUUCGGUUAGCAAGAAAACUUUGGAUGAUACAGCGAAGAAGAAAUCGCAGUCACAAUAUGAAGAAUAUCUGGAAUUUCACAACACACGCAACAUCUUGGAGCAAAUCCGUGGCAAAUUGAACACACUGCUGGAACAGCGAACUGAGGGUCAGAAUCAUUCCGGUACCAGCCAUGGUCUUACACAGGCCGAGGUCGAGCUGGAGGAAAAGAUAACUAACCUGAAGUCCGACCUAGAAGGUUACCUACAAUCAAUGAACCAGAAGAAUGAGAACGAAAUCAAACUCUUCUGUAAGGGAAUGUCCAAGGAUGCCAAGGUGGUCGCCGUGCAAAACGCAGUUGAACAGCGCAAUCGUUCGCGUAGUUCAUCGGUCAACUUUGAAAACGACUACGAAGUUCUCGAAAACCAGAAGGCACUCGAUCAAACAUUCUAUCCUACCAUAUCCCAGAGGACCCUCUCGAGAUAUCCGAAUCCUGGUGAUCAACCGUCACUGUUCGAAACGGUAUACGUUCGCGAUGGCUUCAACGUUCGUCAACUUAAUCGGCAGGCACCGAACCCAUUCGCACAGGAAGCUCGCUCGACGCAGAUGCUGCAGAACCAGCGAUCGAUCAACUAUCCACCGCAUCCGAAGCAGCUUCAGCAACAACAGCAGCUGCGCUACCUAAGCAAUGCGGAAAUUAAUGCUCUGGGUAGUUACGAGGCUUGUGAGCGAAGGCCGAGCAAGGUUUCGAUAGAAAUACCGGAAGAUUUAGGAAGCAAAAGUGCACACGUAGUGGUAGACGGUGGUGUUGGGAUGGGAUUCGCCCACGACGGAAACAUCCUGAUGGAUGGCCGUGCUAGGCGUAAGUCAGAAUUAAGCAAUAGCAAUAAUGUAGGCAAAAGUGGUGAUGUGAGUGAUUUUACGUUGCAACGGGUGAUUCUGAUGGAAAGUUUGGGCAAGAAUGGCAAGAUGUUCGGUGAUAAGGAGAAGAUGUUGCUCGAGUACCACUUGAAUAAGCCGAGCUACUGGGAGCUGUACUACGGUGCCAAUCGGGAGGAGCACAAACCGCACCACACGCUGAUACGGAAGGUGAAAAUUGGAGGGAAGAAUGCCAUCUCGGUUUCCUAUCCCUCAACCCGUCCGGAGUCGGAUUUCACGCUGGAUUUGCCCCGGGCCGAGCAGCUACGGGUCAAGAUGAAGAAGGAGAAACAGUUCCGCAAUCGGUGCCGGUGGUUCUUCUACUUUCUGAGUGUGGUGUUCUUUCUGCUGUCGGUGAUGGUGGUCAGUUUGGUGCUGACCCGCGGAAGGCGGAUGUUUGGCAGCAUGAUUUGACACUGCAUAUGUGUGUGUGUGUGGACAUCCGGGGGAGGGGUGGGGGGGGGCGAUUCCUACGAUGCUGGACAUUUCAUUUGAAUCGAUUGGAGUACAGAUGGGGAUAUUGAUUUAUUGCAUUUUUUACAAAGAGAUUCAUGCUUAUUUAUGUUAUUCAUUUUACAAUGUGAAGAUUUUUCAAUGUGUAUUUAUUUGCAGAGGUAUUGAUCAUUCAUAGAGAAAGAAAAUUGUUUGUCUUCUACCGAUGUUUUUGGUUUUUUGAAAUAAGACUACAGAGAUGCGUAAAAAGUUGGAUACCGUGUCAGC